UUUACAAAACCUCAUUAUAAAACCCUCCACACCCUGUCUUUGGAUUCUCCAUCUUGCCUUCACACAACUUUUAUCUUUACAUACACACAAGAUUCUGUAAUCUUUAACUUUAGGCGUAAUAAUUAAGCAAAGCAUCAAUCCAUGCCUGUAGAAUCCGCGUUUAAAGCAAUCGAGAGCGACGAAAAUGUGUUGCAAAAGCACGUUGCUUUCUUUGAUCGUAACAACGAUGGUGUGAUUUACCCCUGGGAAACUUUUCAAGGGUUUCGAGCAAUUGGGAGUGGAAUUCUGCUAUCCUCAGUCGCUGCUCUCUUCAUUAAUAUGGGUCUCAGUGGAAAAACUCGCCCUGGGAAGAAGUUCCCCAAUUUACUCUUCCCGAUUGAGAUCCAAAACAUCAAUAUGGCAAAACAUGGCAGUGAUUCUGGCGUCUACGACACUCAUGGAAGGUUUGUUCCUUCAAAGUUUGAGGAGAUAUUCGAGAAGUAUGCACGAACGAAUUCAGAUGGGUUGACAGCAGAUGAACUCAAAGAAUUUAUCAAAGGAAAUAGGGAACCAAAAGACUAUGGAGGAUGGAUUGGAGGGUUUACAGAAUGGAAGAUCUUGUAUUAUCUGGGUAAGGAUGAGAAGGGAUUAUUGAAGAAAGAUGUGGUUAGAGGUGUUUAUGAUGGAAGCUUGUUCCAUAAAAUGGAGGAAGAAAAGGAAAAGGCUAAAGCGUCCAAGAAGAAACACAUUGAUAAGUAAAGAAGUGGAGGGUAAAGAUGGUGUGUGAAUUUUAUGUAUGGGAAGAACAUUGAAUUGUGUAAGUAAUAAUUUUAUUUGAAUUUUCAUUAUCUUCUAGAGCUUGUAAACAUUAAAUAGAUUGAAAGAGCUUGAUCUUAAAAGUUAUAGAGUUGUGUGGUGUAUUUAAACCAGUUAAAAUCUUUUACCCAUACCUGUUUUUUGGUGUUGGGUUUAUGUCA